AUGGGUGCUGCAGGAGUACCACUCGUGCCUGGAUAUCAUGGUGAUGAACAACAUAUUGAUUUUAUGAAGUCAGAAGAAGACAAAAUUGGAUAUCUUAUUUUAAUCAAGCCAACUCAUGGAGGUGGAGGAAAGGGACUGAGAAUUGUUCAAGAUCCUAACGAUUUUGUUGAUUCAUUCUUGGGAGCACAAUGUGAGGCUGCUGCAUCUUUUGGCAUAAACACAAUUUUGCUGGAAAAAUAUAUUACAAAACCAAGUCACAUAGAAGUCCAGAUCUUUGGGGACAAACUCGCUUGUGUUCUCCCUGGACUGCGUUUUUGGAGGACAAUCCGUGGGUCGUUGAAGCUGCGAAGCCAUUACUCCCGUGUCACUGAGGACUCCUCGUUUCUGAUUCCUUCGGCGGCGAUGAAAGUUCAUUCUGGUAGCCAUUUCGAUAGUCGAAGUCGAGGGAACGAAAUCUGGCCAGACGCAUCUGGUGGUGGGUUUAAUUCAAAUCCGAGUGUAGGUUAUUUUCCAGGUCCUAAAACUGGGAAACUAUUUGCUAACAAGGAACAUAUCGGAUUCAGCAAUGUUAAUGACUUCCCUCCAAGUGACACUGCUAUUUUGUCGGAGAAUAAUCUCAAGGAAAGACGUCAACUGAAAGAAAAUGUACAAUCUCGACCAGUGCCAAGCUUUGGGAGGAAGCUCAGCUCAAUCCUUGAUGUUUGUCUAAUGGAGUAA